GCCCAUUAAACCACACAGAGAGUAAGUAGUCUUCGUGUUUUGACUUUCUACUCCGACGCCGUUAACCACCACCGAACACACAUGACGCACCCUUCACCGCACCACCAUUUCUAAAUCAUCAUCACGUAUUACCAUGUCGUCGUUUUCUUCAGUCUCUGCUCGUCUCACACUCCUCGCUAUCUUCUCCGCUACAACCUUUUAUUGUCUCUACAAAUCUCGCCGUUUAAGAAACCUCAAACUAAAACUCUCUCUAAACCCUAACCCUAAACCCAUUCUCCCUAAGAUCCUCUUCAUUUCCGAAACUGGCACUUCCAAAUCACUCGCUAACCGUCUACAUCGUUUCCUCGCUUUAAAUGACGUCGCAUUUGACCUCAUCGAUGGCAGAAGCUACGAGCCCGAAGAUCUUUCCAAGGAAACGCUCAUUCUCAUCGUUGCUUCAACAUGGGAAGACGGAAAACCUUCUCCCGCUUAUAGAUUCUUCGCGGAUUGGCUUGCAGAGAGCGCUGAAGAUUUUAGAGUUGGUUCGUUGCUGCUCUCGCGGUGUAGGUUUGCUGUUUUCGGUGUCGGUAGCCGAGGUUACGGUGAAGCAUUCAAUGCUGUUGGUAAGGAUAUUGUUAAACGGAUGAAGGCAUUGGGUGCUGCUGAGAUGAUUCCUUUGUGGGAAGGGGAUGUUGAUGGUGGUGAAGUGGAUGAGGUUUUUGAUCGUUGGUGCGGGAAGGUGGUUGGAUUGUUGAAAGGUGAUGGUGGUGGUGAUGAUCAAAAUGGUGAUUUGGAGAAUGGGGAUGAGGAAUGUGGUGUUUUGAGUUCUGAAGAGGAGUCUGAUUUGGAGGAAGAGGUGGAGGAAGAGAUUGUUGAUCUUGAAGACAUUGCUGGUAAAGCUCCUUCGAGGAAGUCGGGGGCUACUGUGGAGGAGACUAAUGGGAAGUUGAAUGGGAAGAAAGAAAUGGUGACUCCUGUGAUUAGGGCAAAUUUGGUGAAGCAGGGGUAUAAGAUUAUUGGUUCACAUAGUGGUGUCAAGAUUUGUAGAUGGACCAAGUCACAGCUUCGAGGUCGAGGUGGUUGCUACAAGCAUUCAUUUUAUGGAAUCGAGAGUCAUAGGUGCAUGGAGGCAACUCCUAGCUUGGCAUGCGCAAAUAAAUGUGUUUUCUGCUGGAGGCAUCACACAAAUCCAGUAGCUAAAAGUUGGCAGUGGAAGAUGGACGAUCCAAUAGAGAUCGUAAAUUCUGCAUUAGACCAGCAUACAAAUAUGAUUAAGCAAAUGAAAGGAGUUCCUGGAGUCACCUUGGAGCGAUUAACUGAAGGCUUCACACCACGACAUUGUGCACUAUCUCUUGUUGGUGAACCUAUUAUGUAUCCAGAGAUAAAUGCACUUGUGGAUGAGUUGCACAAAAGGAGGAUUUCCACUUUUCUAGUUACAAAUGCACAAUUUCCAGAGAAAAUUAAGUCGCUGAAGCCUAUCACCCAGUUAUAUGUCAGUGUAGAUGCCGGAACAAAGGACUCUUUAAAGGCAAUCGAUAGACCGCUCUUUGGAGAUUUCUGGGAACGAUUUAUUGAUUCCUUGACUGCUCUUAAGGAAAAACAUCAGCGUACUGUGUACCGCCUGACCCUUGUAAAAGGAUGGAAUACUGAAGAUGUCGAUGCUUAUUUUAAGCUCUUUAGUAUAGGAGAACCUGAUUUUAUUGAAAUCAAGGGAGUUACAUAUUGUGGCUCGACUGCUACAUCAAAAUUGACAAUGGAAAAUGUCCCUUGGCAUGCCGACGUGAAAGCAUUCUCAGAGGCUCUGUCUCUGAAAAGCCAAGGGGAGUAUGAAGUUGCUUGUGAGCAUGUUCACUCGUGCUGUGUCCUCUUAGCAAAAACUAAAAAGUUCAAAAUUGAUGGCCAGUGGUAUACAUGGAUAGAUUAUGAGAAAUUUCACGACCUGGUGGCUUCUGGAAGUACUUUUGACAGUAAAGAUUACAUGGCUGCCACCCCAUCCUGGGCAAUCUAUGGAGCUGAGGAAGGUGGAUUUGAUCCAGCACAAUUGCGAUUUAGGAAGGAGAGACAUCACAAGUCCGGUCGCAAAGAAUCAGGUUAGGAAUUUGGGAGCCAUGGGCAGUCAACCUCCAUUUCCCCUUUUAUCUUCUCUCUUUCAUGUGUAACUCAAUAGGUUAUACAUCAUAUUUCAAUAGGAUAGUUUUGCUAUACAAUGUUUUAGACAUAGGUUAAACCGUUCCAAUGUAUUUAAGCCCCAAUGUUUUACCAAUUUGAGGCAAUUGAAGAGAGAAUUUUGUUUUGUUAUUUUAAUUAUUGUAGUUGCAGAAUAUAGAUAUCAGUCUUGCUGCAAUUUUUUUUUGAAGCUGAUAUUUGAAUAAUAUGCUUGAGCUUUCGCUGCAAUAGCAUUGCAGAUUAUUGCUCUGCUGUAAUUUUGUUGAUAUCACGGUAGUAUUUUGGUUCGGAAGAGAGGAAGGUAAAAUGGUAAUCAUAAUGUCAAGCAAACAAAUACUCUGUAGUCUGUAUAACUCUAUUACAUUGCACUCACUCCUUUUUUUCAUCAUAA